AUGAAUGCUCAACAUUGGUUGGAUGACAGUUAUUCUAAAGAGGAAAUAAAAGAAAUAAAAAGAUUAGAUAUCAACAAUAAAGGAUUAACAGGUUCCUUAGAUUUGAGUGAUUUUUUUAGUUUAGAAUGGUUAAAUUGCAGUAAUAAUAAAUUGACUAGUUUAGAUCUUAAAAGUUGUCAAAAAUUAGAAGAAAUUCAUUGCUAUAGUAAUGAAAUCAAAGAGAUAAACUUAACAAAGUUAGAUCAAUUACGAAAGCUCGAUGCUGGCUAUAAUUUACUUACUGAUCUUGACUUUUCCGCCUUUAAUGCAGAAAACUUGCUUGAAUUGAAAUUACACAGCAAUAAUUUCGAUAACCAGAACAUAGACUGUUUUUCUCCGUUUACUAGGUUAGAAGUUUUACUUAUCUGUACUGAUGAUAAUGGAAAAAUUGAACAAAAUAUUUAUAACCGUUUCCAUGGAAAUUUAAAAACUUUGCGAGAAAUGAAUAAUUUGCGAGAACUUGAUAUUCGAGCUACGGAUAUUGAAGGAGGUUUAGAAUAUUUACCUGCUGACAUUAAAGAAUUCAAGUAUUCGUCUUUGUUUAGACCCGAAGCCAAGGCACAAAAAAUCUUUCGAGAAUUACAAUCUCAAUUAAACAAAUUAUCUACCCUGGUUUUCCCUAAUCAAUCCUAUGACUUUACUCAAUUCAGGCAGGAAAUAGCCAGACUGAAAUACCAAGAACUUGCUCCCCAUGCAAGGGAGGAAAAAGCUACAUUCGAGCAAUUAAUUAAUGAAGCAAAAGAAAAAGCCGGAGAAGGAAGUUUUGCUCCAAUCAUUAACCUUUUGCUAGAAGCUAACCAUCAGAAUGAACAAACUGUCGAAUCUUCCCAAAAAGAUAAGUUAAGCGGCAAGAUCGAGGCCUACAAAACUAUUCUUCAAACUAAACUAACUCAGGAAGAAUUACAAACACUCUUAAAUAAACAAACUGAAUUGUCUCAAUUAGAAAAACAUUUAGAGAAUUUGCAGAAAAAUCAAAAACGACCUGCUAACUGUCAAACUCAGUUUGGCUAA